AUGUCUUUCUCUACUGCCGUUCACGCCAAGAUGUAUCCACACGCCGCCCUCGCAACAGCAGACAUACUGCACGAGAUAUUCUGGCAUCUCAGGAUCACUGACCCCGCAGACACAUAUGAAAACUCGAUAGCAAUGGGCACCUUGUCGCGAGCCGCCCGGGUCAACAAAGCAUUCUGCGAACCUGCACUCCGGUCCCUCUGGUGGGCCUUGCCCAACGGCAUCGACCCCGUGCUGAUGCUUCUGUCUUGGUGGGACCCUUAUAAAACAUAUUUCCCAUUGUAUGAAGUCGACAUGGAACGAGAGUUCUCUAUCUCGGAAUGGACACGACUCAUCACCUAUGCUUCAUAUGUCCACUUCAUACAUCCCUCGGACUCGAAACCUCCACCGCGCCCAAUCCCGCGCAGUUUCCUGGACUUUCUCCACAUUACACAAAAUGGACGCCCCCUCUUCCCUAAUCUUCACCAGUUUACGUGGGACACAUACACGCUCCAUCAAACAGACCUAUCCCUCUUUGCGCCAACGGGGCUGCACAAACUGACCAUCCACGCGUCGGACGGCCCGAGGGAUCUCCACCGGAGGAUAAACGGAUACUUCCCCAAGCCGUUCGACUUUUCGGACCUCGAGAUGGCAUUGCGGGAACUACGAGGCCUUCGUGCACUCGACAUCCGGAGAUUCCCUGGGUCGUCCAUACAUCCAACGGUGUUGACGUUAGUCGUUCAAUUGCGGUGGCUCCAAUCCCUAUCCAUCGACCCUAUCUAUCCCGUAUUCGACAUGGUGUUUCUGCGGAAGCUCUCGCAAUUCCCUGUGCUUCGCGAGCUUGACAUAAGCGUUAUCCCCGAUUGGGGAGCACCUCUCCCGGACCUCGCCUUCCGCGGAUUCCUUACUCUUCGGAAGCUCAUCUUACGACUCCACGACAGAAUCAUGACCGUGCUCCCGAUAUUUGCGUCCCCGAACCUCACAUCCCUCUUCCUAGAAUCAUAUGCGCGAGACGCCUCAGUUAUACCCAAGGUGCUUAACCUCGUGGCCCACACCUACCGAACGCUCCGUUCGGUCACCUUCGAAUGGCCCCACGCCCAAAAGACCCACGCUUCUCACGGCCUCCUAGACGACUUCGACGCCGUGUUCGGUAACCUCCUGCUAAUCCACACCAUCGAGGAGUUCACGCUCCGCACGCCCCGCGAGCUGGUCAUCUCCACCGGCGGAAACGCCUCGCUCGCGCUCCUCGCACACUCCUGGCCCAAGCUGCGCGUCCUCAGCCUCUACGCGACGCUCCGCGGGCCCCUCACCCACACCGUGCUCGUCCCCUUUGCACGCAGCUGCCCCGAGCUCCGCAUCCUGCACCUCCGAAGCGUCAAUUUCGCCCACAUCACCCGCGAGCUGCUCGCCGGCGCGGCGCCUCGUGUACUCCCUCACGGACUGCGGGAGCUCCACAUCUGCAACGCGCUGGUCAGCUCUGCAAGCGAGCAUCUAGCGGCAGAGCUCAUCCGGAGACUGUUCCCGCGGGCGCGCUGGGACGCGCCUGCGUGGGGGCUGGGGCGCGCAUGCUGCCUGUAUGCGGGGUUUCGCUGCGACGUCGUGAUGGGGAAGCUGGUCCCGCCUACUAGCGUGUUGCGGGAAGGACCGGAUUUUUGUAUGGAGUAUAAGCGUCCGAGUCGCUGA